AUCUCUGAGCUGAUGAAGAGAAGCACUGAGGUGGAGCAGCUCUCACGCUCUGAAGACCACCUCCAUCUUCUCCAGAGUGUCCAGUCCCUAAACAUCCAACAACCUCCACCCACCAAGGACUGGACAGAGGUCAGCAUCCGUCCAUCAUCAUAUGAGGGGACUGUGGUGAAAGCUGUGGCUCAGCUGGAGGAGACACUCAGUAAAGAGAUGAAGAAGCUGCUUGAGUCUGAGCUGAAGAGGGUCCAGCAGUAUGCAGUGGAUGUGACUCUUGAUCCUGAUACAGCACAUCCUGAACUCAUCCUGUCUGAUGAUGGGAAACAAGUGAAUCAUGGUGAUGUGAAGAAGAAUCUCCCAGACAACCCAGAGAGAUUUUUAUUAUUGUAUCAGAUGCACCCAGACGGACGAGGAAGAAAAGUAAAGAGCAGCUUGGUCUCUGCCAGUGUUUCCUCGACACACGGAGGUGGAAAGAGUCUAGAAGUGGACCUGAAGAGUUCAGCAGAUAUGGCUGCUGCAAACUAUCUGUCAUCUGAAGAUCAGUUUCUGUGCUCCAUCUGUCUGGAUCUGUUCACUGAUUCUGUCACUAUACCAUGUGGACACAACUUCUGCAAGAACUGCAUCACUGACCUCUGGAAUACUACACGCUCACUGUAA